ACUAGCCGUAUUCUCUCCUUUGAGUUCAUAUGAAUUUCUUUAUACAAGUGCUUAUUACCAAUAAAAGACAAUGUAUUCAGCAGAAGUAUUCAUAGCUUUCAUAGCCUAUGUAGUUCAUGGCAAUAUAUCUGUGAACUGUAGCAUCACAUUUUUGUAAUCUGUGUGCACAGGUACUGUGGUUGACAGUAUUGAAAGGCGGGGAAAUGUUGUGCCGUGCAGAGAGCCAAUCAUCUUAUCUGAUUACCCGCAGAAGUCAUUUCAUUGGUUAGUGGAUGUUGCAGAAUCGAACGAAGUUCGUGUGUUGUAUAUUUCGAAAGUAACGGCCGCGUCUUAUGGUGUUUGAUUUUGUUUUGUAAUUUUUAGUGUUAUAUUUUACCGGGUGUAUUGAUAUAUUUUUAUAGGAAAAUUUGUAUAAGUCCCCGAAAAAUGUCAAAUAAACAGCAGAAGGAGAGGAACCAAAACAUUCAGGUUUUUGUUAGAGUAAGACCACUGAAUUCACUUGAAAAGAGCAUGAAGUCCCUUAACAUUGUUGACUGCCCGAACAACCGAGAAGUUGUCGUUAAGGAGCGACCUGUUGAUAAAAUUACAAGGACUUUUGGGUUUGAUCGUGUUUUUGGGCCAAAUUCCAGACAAAUUGAUGUGUACAUGUCAGUUGUCCACCCUAUAAUUAAUGAAGUUCUUGCAGGCUAUAAUUGCACAGUUUUUGCUUAUGGUCAGACUGGUACAGGCAAAACAUUUACAAUGGAAGGAGAAAAGUCAAAUGAUGUAUCUGUUUCAUGGGAUAAUGACCCUUUGUCAGGAAUUAUUCCACGUACACUGAGUAAUCUGUUUGAUGAACUAAGAAUUCAGCAGGUUGAAUUUACUGUCCGAGUGUCCUUCUUAGAGAUCUAUAAUGAAGAACUUCUUGACUUGCUGUCACCUUCAGAUGAUUCUUCAAAAAUCAGACUAUUUGAAGAUGCAACAAAGAAGGGUUCAGUUAUAAUACAUGGUCUGGAAGAGGUGACUGUCCACAAUAAGAAUGAGGUUUAUGCAAUCCUGGAAAAGGGCUCCUUCAAAAGACAGACUGCAGGCACUUUGAUGAAUGCCCAGUCCAGCCGUUCACAUACAGUCUUUUCCAUUACUGUGCACAUCAAGGAGAAUUCACUGGAUGGUGAAGAGCUUCUGAAAACAGGGAAGUUGAACCUUGUUGAUCUGGCUGGCAGUGAGAAUAUUGGUCGGUCAGGUGCUGUGGACAAGAGGGCUCGUGAAGCUGGAAACAUUAAUCAGUCAUUGCUAACUCUUGGACGUGUUAUUACAGCUCUGGUGGAGAGAGCCCCUCAUGUACCUUACAGGGAGUCAAAAUUAACUCGAUUGCUACAAGAUUCUCUGGGCGGCCGGACAAAGACCUCCAUCAUUGCAACAAUAUCACCUGCAGCAUGUAAUGUAGAGGAGACCCUUAGUACUUUGGAUUAUGCCUGUAGAGCAAAGAAUAUAACCAAUCGACCAGAAAUUAACCAGAAGCUCACAAAGAAGUCUCUUAUCAAGGAGUACACUGCAGAAAUUGAGCGAUUACGGAGGGAUCUGGCAGCAACACGUGAUAAAAAUGGUGUUUAUUUGGCAUCUGAGAACUACACACAGAUGAUCAUGCAGUUGGAACAGCAGGAGCAAGAGAUGAGUCAGAUGUUGGCUCACAUAAAGGCUCUGAAGGAAGAGAUGGAUAAGAAGGAGGACCUGUGUAACCAACUGAAUAUAUCCUUGGACAAUUGCAACCAGAAACUGAUGGCCACAUCUACUGAGUUGGAAGUGACACAAGAUAAGUUAAAUGACACCUCCAUGAAACUCCAUGAAACAGUAAAUAGAUGUACAGAGAAAGAGCAUCUGAUUGAGAAGCAUAUGCAUACAGAACGCAUCCUUACUACACAGGCUCGGUCUAUCCUUGCCGUAGCAGACAUGGCAUCAUCUGAUGUAGAGAAGCUUCAUGACAAACUUGCCAGGAAGAGGUCUGUAGAAGAUGUCAACCAAGAAGUUAGUCAAGAAUUCCACUUAGCAUUUGUACAGAAUGUGGCUUAUAUGGAGGACAACCUAAAUAGAUUCAUUCAGGAUUUAACGAAGUUUUGUUCUGGAUUGCAAACAAACUUGGGUGAACGUCUGGAGAAGAGAAGCACUGAGUUAUCAUCUCUCAGCAAUGAAAUUUCUUCUCUGGUAGACAAUCAGAUUCUUCUAAUACUGGACUUAGAGAAGAUGUCAUCUAACCAGGUAUAUAAUGAUCAGCAGUGGAUCCAGCAAUACCUGGUCACAGUGCGUUCUACUUCAGACAGUGAAAUUAACAAUCUUCACAAAUUCCUGACAGAAACAUUCCUUGUUCCGAUGCAGAGUCUGGCUCGUCAGCUUCAGCUGCAGGAGGCUGAAAACCAGGCAUUGAAUCAGAUGAUUGUUAAUCAGAUCCAGCAGAAGUUGGAUGCUGUGAAAGCCUUUGAAACCACACAAAUUGAUGGCUUAUCAAAACUUCGGAACAGUUUGUUGUUGCACACUAAGCAACAGCAACAAGCAUUGGAGACCUCACAGGAAGGAUACCAUGCCAUGGACAAGUCCUUGAGCGGGUUCAAGCAGACUCUCAUAACAGAGCUUCAACAAUUGAAAAACUGGGCAGAUCAUAUGUUGGGCAUCCAUGUAGAUUUUGAGAACCAGUGUAAUGACAGCAAGAAUAAGAUCAACAAUGGCCUGUCUGUUGCCCGAGAGAAGUGCGACCACUUUUCUCAGGAGGCAUCAGUUACUCUAGACCUGCAAUUAAGGAGAAGAACUGAGCAGCUCACUGCUUUUGAGGCACAGACAGAAGAACUGCUCGACAGUGUCAGCAACUCCAGAGAAACAUCUGAACAGCUGAUAGUUGGAGCAAAAAGGCUGCGAGAAAAUAUAGAGGAUAGUGUCUGUUCAGCUGUAUCAAAUGGAGAGCAAGCUUGGAGGAACCACUACAGCUGGACAGAACAAGAACUGAGGAAGUAUUCAGAAAACAUAAAUGGACGAUUCCAGAAUGAACUCAGACAAACUCAGGCUCUUGUGAGUGGGCUUAGGGAGUCUGCAGAUUCUCAUGAAGCUAUACUGGAACAACAACGAAUGGAUUUUGGUACAUUUGUUCGUGAGCGUCAGGAUGAUCUGGAAACUCAGUGUUCCUACGUAAAUGGCUGGAGCCAGAUUAUGACUUCAGGCCUUCAGAAGUGCAAUCAGGAAUUGGAAAAGUUUUUGGAUGAAGAUCUACGGAAGGAUAUACCAACAGGAAAUACACCAAUGCGUAAAGAAUUUUCAUAUCCAAGAGUGCUGGCAGCAACAUCACCACAUGACAAGAUCCUUGCAAAGUUCCGGGAACUGACUGGUGGCAUGCCACACUUGCAUACCGCUGAAGUUGUCAGUUCUCCGUCUAGUUCCUCCAGUGCCAGUAGUGAAGGUGGUUCAGAUGUGGAGUUGCUGAAAGAUAUUCCAUUUAGAUCAGCAUCUGUUACUGACAUAUCAAGUGCAGCAGAUUUUGUUCUUGAUCUUUCUCACCACAGUGAACCAGACUCACGAAAAAAGAGUAGUGAUAAAGAAAAUUCAAAGGCUGUUGGUCUAACGAAGCAUUAUUCAGAUGACAUGCAAUUCAUGAAGAAAAGGCAAACUAAAGAUAAUUCUGUUCGAAGAAUUCUGAAGUCUCAGAACUGAUUAAAUUGAUCAUUUGUGUUCAGUAGCAUAUUCUGCAUUUCAAUAUUAUAAAGUGUUCUUUCAUAAAAUUAUGUAUUAUAAUUUGGAAAUGUAUUGAGUUAUAUUGUGUUCAGAAAAACUGUACAUGAAGUGGAUUAUAAAUCACAAGGUUUCCAAUCUUCUCUCAAUUUCUAUCAGAUAUUUUCUGCAUGACAGACUGUAUGUACUGAAUCUUUAACUGGUGACAUUUGAAUGUGCUGUUAAGAUAUAAUAGACAUCAGUAGAUGACGUGUAUAUUGUAUAGCAACAGUCAUAUUUACAUGCUUUUAUAACUUAAAGUAGUUUUAUUGAGAACAAGGAAGGACCUGGCAGUCCCAGUAAUAACAAUUUGGCCUUUGAGAUUUAACUACAACUAUCUAUUAACACCAUUUUAUAGUAUAGGAAUGUGAUAUUUAGUUUACUGAUGGAUGAAGGAAAUCACAUUGAAUUUUUCUGAUAUUCAGAUAUGUAUUUGAUGUCUUGAUACAUUGCGUGGCAGUGGCCAUUUGAUAAUACUGACCCAAGAAUAUUCUGAUUUCACUUCAGGAAAUUAUGAUUGGAUAUAUGGAUAGAUAUUGACUGAAGGCCUAAAAUUUCUUUUGUAUUGUUCAUUUUAUCUACUUUUAUACGUUUAGUUCGUUAAUGUGAAUUAGUAGGAUGCUAGAGAAUUGCAGUAGUUGUAUGACAGGUGAGUCCAAGAUGUGGAAUUUUGAGGAUAAUGAGUUUUGUUCAUUUGUUGUACGUUUGAGUAACUGAUAUGGAAAUAAAUUAAAGAUAAGUUCAUAAAGAUGGCCAUGUCC